GCACUCGGAAAAGCUGCGGGAAGCACCCCCCCCUUAAGCCGAAAUUGCGUAGAUAAUUUUUAAAAUAGUCUGCAACGUUUCGGGAGUGUUUUUAUGUAACGUGCUUUCAAGAUGCCGUGCUAGUCUGAGCCGUUAAUAGUUUCUUCUCUUCUGAUGUUAACGGUAUUACCUGGAGUGUUGGCAGCCUUAUGUCGGUCGCAAGCGCUUGGAAUAAUAUUUGCCUUAAAAAAAAAAAUCUUGACGGGAGCAGCUAGGUUGUGAGUUUGGGUAUGGUGUUUGUCGAUACACACCUAAUAAUCUUUGCUUUAAAAGAUCUUAUAUUUGUUUACUGAUGCGAAGGUAUCUUCAUGAAGUCCCUUUUUACCAGGUACUGCUUUUACCAAAAUGUUCUCCUUUGCUAAAAAAAAGCUGGCAGUCUUUAACUGUUAAAGGACAAUUAGACACCAGUAUUUACGUUCAUACACUGCUGCUAUUAUCCAUCUCCAGAGGCCGUAAAUACGCUCACACCUUGCACCUAUUUUUAAAGGCCCCAUGUGACAAAAAAGACCUUUCAGUUUUGGGUGUGCUUGGCAUAACCGUACUAAGUUGUGUUUAAAAGAUUGUCACACGUUUUUAUUUGUGGUAACAGACCGUACGUGAGCCCACAUGGCUUCUUUCUUAGCUGUCUUGAUGCUUUGCAGAGAAGCACAUUUGUACUGCUGCAGUUCCUAUGGCUUUAUCAAUGCUAUGAGAAAAUGAACCUGAUUAAAUCUCUCACUGAACAGUGCUUUUAGUGUAAAGUGUAUUUUAUAGUUACAGAAUCUUGUGAGUGAACAAGUCAGAAAGAAUCCAGAGAGAGUCAAAGUUUAGCUCAGAAGUCUGAGUUUCCUGGAUUUGAAGCUGGGAAAAUCCCAGGCAAAUGUGAUCUGAAAGUCAAUGUGAUAAAGGCUGGUUGCAAAAUGCAGUGGAUAGAAGGGGGUUGUUCAUUUUUUAAUCAAGCUGUUUCAUAGUUAGACUCAUAGGAAACCAUUUAUCUAAAAGCACGUAAACUCAAAAUUCCUUUUGUUAAUUAAAUAGUGUUUCAUUUGUGAUACUGUCUGUGGUUCUACUGUAUUAGACAAAGUAAGAUAUUGUCAUUUUCCUCAAGAUCCUACUUUCUGGGUAGAAAACAGACAACACGUGAGAGAAGAGCAAGUAAUACGUUCUGCGUGUGAUUGUUGGAAAUCUUGGGUUUCUUUUGAGGCAGAUUUGUAAAUACACAAACAUGAGUAAGAGAAUGAGUGUAGAGGAGGGCAGGAAUAUGGUUGAAGUAGAAGGAUUGAAAGAAGAAGAAAGGAAGCCAGGCAGGCACAUAUUCACAAAGUGCUUCAAGUUCAAAUGCCACCCCCCUCUUUCUUUUUUUUUGUGUGUGGUAUAAUUAAGACCCAGGAAAUAUUUUGGAGCACCUGCCACAUCACUUUGAAUUAACUUUACUAUUCAUGCAUUCAGGAAUACAGGAAUAUUUUAAGAAGUAACGUUUUUUUUUAAAUUGACUAAUUCGUAGGCUGUUUGUUUUCUUAGCCUACAACUGGUGUCCUGUACAAAGAGGAUAACUACAUCAUCAUGACUACUGUGGAUAAAGAAAAAUAUAAAUGUAUACUUCCACUGAUAUCAAGUGGCAAUGAGGAAGAAGAGAAGGAUUACAAAGGUCCUACUCCAGGAGAGUUGUUGGAGCCUCUUUUUAAGCAAAGUAGCUGCUCAUACAGAAUUGAAUCUUACUGGACUUAUGAAGUCUGCCAUGGAAAACAUAUCCGUCAAUAUCAUGAGGAGAAAGAAACUGGUCAGAAAAUAAACAUCCAAGAAUACUAUCUUGGGAAUAUGAUGAUAAAGAACCCAUUGUCAGAACCAGAUCAAGAAGAAAAGGAAAAUCCAAAAGAGAGUGCAAAAGAGAUACCUUCCAAAAAUAUAGAAGGGCAGAUGACCCCAUACUAUCCAGUAGAAAUGGGAAACGGCACACCUUGCAGCUUGAGACAAAACCUACCCAGAUCAAGUACAGUGAUGUACAUCUGUCAUCCAGAAGCUAAACAUGAGAUUCUUUCAGUAGCAGAAGUUACAACUUGUGAAUAUGAAGUGGUUAUAUUGACACCUCUGUUGUGCAGCCAUCCUAAAUACAGGUUCAGGGCUUCCCCUGUGAAUGACAUCUUUUGCCAAUCACUACCAGGAUCCCCACUUAAACCCCAUAACCUGGAACAGCUGGAGAAACAGCAAGAAAUGAUGAAGAUGCCUUUUAGAAGGGUUAAGGAGGAAGAAAUGCAUUCAACAAAAGAAGAUAAAUUUUCUUCCAUACACAAGCCAGUUGCUGUUGGAAGCCAUCAGCUGUUAACUGUGGGAACAACCCAUAUCUCCAAAUUGACUGAUGACCAACUUAUAAAGGAGUUUCUUAGUGGUUCCUACUGCUUCCAUGGGGGUGUUGGUUGGUGGAAGUAUGAAUUCUGCUAUGGCAAAUACGUUCAUCAAUAUCAUGAGGAUAAGGAAAGUGGCAAGACUUCUGUGGUUGUGGGAACCUGGAACAAGGAGGAACACAUUGAAUGGUCCAAGAAGAAUGCUGCUAGAACCUACUAUCUCAGAGAAGAUGGUACGCAGACAGUUAGGAUGGUGUCUCAUUUCUAUGGCAACGGAGAUGUGUGUGACUUAACAGACAAGCCAAGGCAGGUGACUGUGAAAUUGAAAUGUAAGGAAUCUGAUUCCCCUCAUGCUGUAACCAUAUAUAUGUUAGAGCCUCAUUCUUGCCAAUACAUUCUUGGGGUGGAGUCUCCAGUCAUCUGUAAAAUUUUGGAUACAGCAGAUGAAUACGGACUCCUUUCAGUGCCCAGCUAAAGAACAAUAAAGUCCGUGAAGAAAGCCAUACCUGUCAACAACCCAACUGGCAUUUUCCAUGUUAACAUCGUUUCUGCAAGAUGACAAAGGCAAACCGAAGUCUUCAGCCUCACCAGCAGAAUUCUAUAAGAUGGGGGACUCAUGAACCACUUUGUGUAUAACUAUGUGUAUAUAAGAGGUUAUCGAUAAACUUUUAACAAUUAAAAUCUUGUCUUGCA